UAUUCGAUUAAUAAACAUCUCACGCCAUUCCCCACAACCGUCUCAUACACAUAUCGGGUGUCUGAAAUAUUUAAAGAAUUUAUUUUUCUAAACAAAUAUGCCCCCUCGUAAGCGCCCCAACAAGAAGUCUCCUGCUACUGCCCCUAAGAAAAAUGUCACUUCGAAGGCGGCUAAGGCGGUGGCCCAGAUCUGCUGCCGUGAGUGCUUGAAUGCGAAGCUCAACGAAUUGCCGGGAACGUCUGCAUCUGCAGCUGCAGCAAACGCUGCUACAGCUGACGCCAAGGAGCAGUCUUCGUCUACGGUUGCCAUAUGCCAAACGGAAAAUAAUGUGGAUGCAGUUGAAGCUUCAUCUUCGCCCUCUGGCAUCCAGAAACCCAUGAUAGUUCGUGCUAUAAGCGUAAUGAGCGGAUGGUUUGCCAAGUCAGAAACUUCAGUCAAAUCACACAUACGGACAUCCCCUGAAUUGAUGGAGUCCAUGGAAUCCAACAUCUCGCUUGGUCUGCCUGAUAUGUCUGAAGAUGGGCAGCGUCCGCCCAAGCGUCGUCGCGUUGAGCCAAAACACGAGUGUGAUAGCAAGAAUUGCAUGAAAUGCCUGGAAAAUAAGAAAAAGAACGAACUUUUAAAGGAUUGCUUUGAGCCCUCGAAGUCGGAGGGGGCCGAAGACAGCGAUGUCGAAUCAAUUUAAUGUUCAUAUCAAACAAACACAAAACCCAUCAAACACACAUUUUUUUCAAAAUUAA